UUAAAAACAUCAACAACAACAAGCCUGACUUCAAUAAUUCUGCUUUUAGUGACGGCUUUUUUCAGUUUUCGAUCAUUUUGAAAAUGAGUUUUCGUCCGAAAGUGGGUGAAACCGAUGAAGAUCUUAUUAGGCAAAAUGCAGAGUUUUUGAAAAACGUCAAAAGAAAGGUAGAGGAGACAGACAAAGCUGCCUUGGAAGGUGAUUUGAAGAAACAAAAGGCACAGGAGUGUGGAACUGAUUGUAUUUUUAAUGAUCCAGAGGUCAUAUUAAACAGUGCUCGAGUUCCUGGAAUCAUGCUAAGCGAUAUAGUUGAAAGGACUCCUUCAGCAAAGCCUUUCAGACCUCCGGUGGCAACAACGAGUGGUUUCCCUGUAGUUUUCAAAAGAGACAAAUUGCUCUCCCAAGGUGACACUAAAAAAUUGAGUAUUUUUGCAAAAAUGCAUCAGCGAAAAUCUCAGCAGGGAGUGUCAUUAUCUGCUAGUGAGGAAAUCAACUUGGGAGCUCAAACAGCAAUAAAAAAUGUGUUUGGACCAUCAGAGGCUCAGAAAAUUCACGAAGAAAGUUUGCAAAAACUCUCUCAGUUGAGUGAAGAGCAGAUAUUAGAGGAAAGGAAACGCCUUCUGGCGUCUUUAAAUCCGGAAACUCUCAAGUUUUUUACAAACAGACAGAAAGGCAAAGGUGCUGGCAUCGGUGAAGAGCCUUUGAAACCCACACAAGCCCAACCUAAGGAGGAAAAAAUGUUGGAAGACCAGCCUAUUCCUGAAGAAGAUUUACCAAUUCCGAUUGAGGAGGCUAAGAAGUGGUUGCACAUGGAUGUAGUUGAAAAUGAAAAGUUGAAGUGGAUGAAAAAAUUGCCAGCUCCAAAGCCAUUGGCUCCGGGUGACCCUCACCCAGCUCGCUUUGAUUUUGAAGGCAAUUUGAUGCCUGUCAACGCUGAUGUGCCUGAGACAAAAGCUCUCCACCAUCAUGGAGAGGAACCUGAGAGAGCUGGCUACACUCUCGAAGAACUUCUGCUCUUCUCCAGGAGUUCAGUUAUGCAGCAGAGGGCCAUUGGUGUGUCCACGAUAGCGAAUAUUUUGCGUUUGGCAAAGGAGGGAAGGUUUGACCUUUGCCUCGAAGAGUCAAUCAUCCCACAGCUCGUUAGUGCAGGAUUAUUUGCAGUUUUGAGAUUCUCCUUAGACGACGCUGUGAUGAUGGUCGUCCAAGCCGCUGCCGAAGCCUUGAAUUAUCUGCUCGCCUCUGAACCUGAUGAAGUCUGCCUUAGUUUGAUGCUGGGAACGACUUUUGGCCUUCAACAGCCUAUCUUGGCUUGUCCUCCUGAGCCUGAGGAGGAAAAGGAAAAGGGGCAAACUUCGAUUGAGGAGGGAGAGCUGCGGGACCACGAAUUGCUGCAGCUCGACGUAAUCAAAGGCGCCUUGAGGACUGAUCUUGUCCCUAGAAUAAGAUAUCUGCUGGAGAUCAUUAAGCCUGGUCCAAAGACGACUCUUUCCCUCAUUGAAAUUCUGAUCAGAAUCGCAAGGCACUCGAGAGAAUCUGCUUUAGCCAUCGGAAGGUGUCCUGGUCUGAUGCAAACAAUAAUUUCCCAGUUUUUGCCACUUAAUUGGGAGUCGACUACAAAGAAACCAGCAGAUAUGGAGUCUGUCCGAGGUGUCCCCUUGGCAAGAGCAGUUCGACUGAUUAGAAUUAUUUCAGCGCAAAGCAAAGCAAUGUCUUUGGAUUUCAUCAAUAAGUUCAACAUCAUGACACCUAUCAUGGCUUAUCUGGCCUCUGAGCCUGGUGAGACGGGAAUUCCGGAUGGACCUGCCAUUCUCAUCGAGUCGUUUUAUCUUUGGCAAACCUUUCUUGCCUAUGACUUGGGAAUCAAUGAAUUCAGCUCAUUUUCGCCGGUCUAUGGGCAACUUUUGUCUUUCCACUUGACAAACACGAACUUGCGAACGGAGGGCUCGUUUUACCAAGAACAUGCCACUGCCAUUCUAACUCUGUUGAGUGCAGCACUAAAUGUGAACAGGAUGCAUCAUGAUAAAUUACCAAGAGAACUUUUGAUCCAAGUGGGGCCUCCAAUCGUUAAAACGACAGCAUCUUGGAUCACACAGGCAGCAGAGAACCUUCCAAUGAAUUUUUCAGACUGCAAGCUAGUCGGAGCAGCCUUAAGUGUGUCAAAGCAGCUUUUCCUCGUUUUGCAAUACUGGGAUGGUGUCGACACAAUGUCAUGGAUGAGCUUGGUUCAGAAUGUCACAAACUCCUCAGUAAUUCCCUUCAUUUCCUCAAAAACUUUUGAGUCGUGGACAAACUCUAUGUUGGAACAUUCAAGCCUUCUGGAUUCUGAAUCCACAUCUGGACGUAAACGGGAUCCCAAGGGACUUCCGUCAACAGGUUCUGUCACUUACGGACAGAGAAUUACCUCAAUCCUUCAGCCUGGCUCUCCUUCUUUUGCAGUGCAAUCGAUCAUUGCGUUUCUGAAUUUUACAGUAGAUAAAUUUCCAAUGUACAAGCAGGCGAUUUUUGAUGCCCUCUUGAAGAGCAAAGGAGUGCAAAGUUACAUUAAUAAAAUAGCCAUAAAUGGAUGUCCCGGCUUUGACCACUGGUUUUCGAGGACUGAAAUUCACCUAUCAGCAGAUCUGCUCAACAUUGCUACGAAAAGUGAAAAUCUAGACUCGGAUCAUCAGUGGCAGUGCCAUCGCGCUGCCAUGAAUUUGAUAUCCUGUAUUAGAAUAGAAGACCGAUCUCUGAUAACUCAAUUAUUCAAUACCUGGAUAUUCUACAACAAUCAAGAAGAGACAUUCUUAAGUCUGAUGCAGAAACUGAAUUUGCAGGAUAACAAUACAAAAAGUCCUUUAUUGGAAAUUGCCAUUAAUGAGCUGCCUAUGAUUAGGGAUGCUUUCUUGGUAGCUUUCAAACUCAACUUCGGAACACCAAUCAGUAGCAAAAACACCAUUAGCUUACCUGCUGAAAAUGAUUCUUUGUUGCCUGUUGAUUGGCCUUUCUUGCCAUUGGUGAAGGUUGUGGGACAUGUGCAGGAGGAGAAGAAAGUUGAAAACAAGACAUCCGCUGAGGAGCAUCCUCCUGCAGAUUUAUCAGAGGUGUUUCGAAGUUUGCAAUGGAUCUUCAUUUUAGAGACUCUGGAGCCGCAGGUCCUUAACAAAAUGCUGUCUCCGACUGCUAGGCUCUGCCGCUUAGCCUGCGUAUUUUUAGCUGAAAAUUGCAUUUUCCUGGAGAAAAAUAUCAGCGAUUUACUGAAAGAAAUUGUUGGAGCCCUCUUGAAAAAUCAGUCUUUAUGUGGACAGGAUUUUGACUUUGACGAAAAAAUUCCUGGAUUAAAAGACUUUUGGGAUUUGUAUGUUCAACUGGUUCAGCAAUACAGCGCAGAGUCUUAUGGUGAUAAAUUAUUUGCGCACUUCAUCCUGAUUCCCUUGCAACAAAGGUUCAGCGUCUCCUUUAAAAACCUUAUCUGGGGAGAGCUAGUGGAAAUUGUGCGCUUUCUGUCUCUGCCAAUAGAAGAGCUUAUGAUUCCUAUUGAAAACUUUUUGGAACCUUUGGAGACAAACGUUGCCCUACUUGAGUUGUAUUUGAAGACUCUUAGAUCAGGUUUGGUGAAACCGUCUUGGAGUCCACUUUUGUACAAACUAUCGACCCAUCAAAUAGUUCAAUACAUUAAGCAAGGAGAAGACCGUCAGUUUGCUGCAAAACUGAAAUUUGGUUUGACGUCUGGCAGCAAUGAACUUAGUAGUUUAAUUGACUAAUUUUUAUAUUAAUAAUUUUUGGCCUUUCCGAGGCCAAAAAACAAACAAAUAAACAAUAUUUUCCUUGUGUAUA